AUGGCUACAGACUCCGAUAACCGUCGACAGUUCACUCAACCCUAUUCAACCUCGUCUCAGGGAGCCAUAUACUAUACGCCGAGAAUUCCCCAACCCCGAAGGCUCCGAACCACCGCGCCAGCGACCUUUCCGACGCCGCACAUUAGACCGCGCCAGCGCCGGCCCCACUCCAUACACAUUACGUCUUUCCCGCCAGGAUACAUCCCUCGCGACCUUCGGCCGCCUUCUCCAAGACUAGCGCGACCCAUUGUCCCCGACUCUCCCCCCAAGCCGUCGAGCCCACGGCGCUCUUUGGUUGUUCCGGCAGUCUCGGUCGAACGUUCCAUCCUCAAAAUCAUCAGCAAGAUAUCCUCGGUGCUGACAUCGCCCUCCCAAGCGCACUCCCGUGACGGUAAAGAGCACAACAAGGGUGUCUCUCCGUCGAGAACGCGGGUAAAUUCCCGGCCUGUCAGCCUUUUGAGCAUAGGGAGCCGGGUCUCUGCGUACUUCGAUACCAUUAAUGACCAAGCAGACUCUUCUACGUCAGUCAUGGUCGAGGCGAUCCGUCCCCAGCACAUGGCAAACAUGUCAUCCACCACCUUAUCGAGCACCACGACCAUACACGGGGUCAAACCCCACCGAAAUAGCAUCAUGUCUGUCCGCUCGGCUAAGAACAUCAUGAGCUCAUCUGUUUCGGAAGUGAACGACAAGCCGGUCGCAUCUGGGAGUGGGCUGGUCUGCUCGAUCCUGUUGGCCGAGCCCAAUGUCUUUUUGACUGGCUUCGACCACGACGGCCAGAGCAGGGGUGAGAGCCAGACCUCGACUGCACUGCUCCGCGGGAAGCUGCAGCUUUGUGUCUCCAAGAAUGUGAAAAUAAAGUCAAUAGCGCUCAAACUCCUCGGGCGAGCGAGGACGGAGUGGCCAGAGGGCAUCCCUCCUCUCAAGGUUGACAUACACGAAGAGGAGACACUGCGGACACAAGUACUUACCUUCUUCCAUGCCUUGCACGAAAGCUGGGAGACUCCAUACGGGAACCAGUGCACCUACAUCAUCAAGGGCGGUACCGACAACACGCCCGCAGCUAGCCUGGCUCGUGCCACCAUGUCACCAAACCACUCCUCUACCUCGCUUGCCUCACAGAACAGGCCGAGACCGCACUCGGGCCUCACGGCCAAGGAACUGCGGCGCUUGUCCCUGCAGUCGGUUCAGUCGCGGAGCUUUGGUAAAGGCGAGUCUCCGAUGGCGGGUCAUGUCCCGCCCAAAGGCUACAAGGUUUUUUAUCCUGGCAUCUAUGAGUACUCGUUCGAGCUCCCGAUAGACCACCACCAGCUCGAGACGACAAAGCUUCAGUACGGCUCGGUCAAGUGGGAGCUCGAAACGACCGUUGAGCGCGCAGGUGCUUUCAAGCCGAACCUGCACGGGACGCGAGAAGUCAGUAUCGUGCGAGUCCCCGACCAGCUGUCCCUGGAAAUGACGGAGCCGAUCUCCAUCAGUCGCCAGUGGGAAGAUCAGCUGCAUUACGACAUUAUGAUUUCGGGGAAGUCGUUCCCGAUUGGCACAAAGAUACCCAUUGCUUUCAAACUCACCCCUUUGGCCAAGGUCCAGGUCCACAAGCUCAAGGUAUUCGUGACCGAAUCGAUAGAAUACUGGACGAACGAUCGUAGGGUCACUCGCAAAGACCCGGGCCGCAAGAUUCUCCUGCUCGAGAAAGCCGCGGGAAAGCCUCUGGACAAGCAGUUUGAGUCGAGUGAGGUGCGCGUCCUGAGCGGCGGCGAGUUAUCGACAGAGCAGCGCAGCGAGGCGCGCGCCGCGGCCACUCGUCGGAGGAACGUGGAGGCGCAGAGAGCCCAUACAGCACCGCUGCCGCUGCCCGAGCCCACGGAGAACCUUCUGGGCGAUCUUGAGCUCGGGCUGGAGACCUACUGGGGAUCCACAGAGAUCGAGAUGAAUGUCCAGAUUCCGACUUGCGAGCAAAUGGCCAAGGACAAGUCGCUGAGUGACCCCGAGCUAACGACAGGCCGGGAUCAGAUCGUGAUGCGCAUCUCGCGACUCGACGCAGAAGACCCAGCAGGGAAACGCCGACGGCACUUUGAGAUCAGCAUAGACUCGCCCUUCACAGUUCUCAAUUGCCGGUCGACCCAGGCCAACACUGCCCUGCCACAGUAUUCCGGCCUCGACCCGCCUGGCGGUUAUCGUCAGCACACGGCUUGCGGUUGCCCGGAUGCCGAGGUCACGGCCAGCCACCCUUCGCCAGCGAGCUCCACUGGCACACUCCCCACCGUCGAAGGUGUAUCUGACGGCGUACAGAAUAGCGCCCUGCCCAUGCCCCCCCAGGCUGCUCACAUACACUCCCCUUCUGCGGGUGUCAACGUAAGCACCCACUCGGCGGGGACUGGCGGCUCCGUAGGUAGCGCGCCCGUGCGUAGGAUGCGCGAGCAAGAGAUAUUUCAACCGCGGCCUAUCCAUCUCUUGCGCGUACCCUCUUACAACCCACCGGACUUCGACGCGGACGAUCCGCCCCCACCCUUGCCAGCCGAACUCAUGACCCCGCCGCCAAACUACGACGCCAUUGUAGGUACACCGAGCGUGGAUGGACUGGCCGACUACUUCGCGCGGCUCGCCGACUACGAGGAUCCGUCCCAAGAGCGGGAGGGUGAUGAAGACUCUGACAGUGGGGAUGAGCCUGCCAGGCUUAUGGAGAGGUCGGGCAGGGUUAAUGUCGCCAACCCACGCACUCCAGGUGGUAGGCUGAUCCCGAGUCGGAGCCUCGAGAUUGAACGGCCGGUAAUGACUCUGUCAAUGGCAGACGUCGUGCGGCGAGGCGAGAGGCAGACCUAG